AUGUUCAAAUCGUACGCCAUUUUCGGUCUUCUCUUCAUAGCCGCCGCUGCAAGUGCUGGCCUUAUUGAAACUCAUCAUGUAGUGGAACCAGUUGUUGCUAAAGUAGGCACCGUUGUGCAUAGUGCGCCAUCUGCUGUAUCUCACCAAAGUUUCACACGUGUACACAAUAAAGCUGUCGUAGAAUCUGUUGUUGCUCCAGUUGUUAAAACCACUGUUCAUGCUGCACCAAUUGUACCAGUCGUUCAUUCCGUACAUGCCGCUCCAGUUGUUCCAGUAGUUAAAACUGUAGAGCCCGUUGUUCCUGUAGUGAAAACUGUUGAACCAGUUGCUCCUAUUGUUAAAACUGUUGAACCAGUAGUGCCUGUUGUUAAGACUGUGGAAACUGCUGUGCCUGUCGUUAAAACUAUUGCCGCUCCUGUUGUUCCCGUAGUAAGGACAGUUGCUGCUGCUCCUUUAUUGCACGCUGCUCCUAUUGUACACACCGCUCCAGUUGUACACACCAUUGCUGCUGCUCCAGUAGUACACUCUGUACCAAUUGUUAAAACCUAUGCAGCUCCAGUUGUACAUACCGUACAUGCUGCACCAGUUGUACACUCUGUGCCAAUUGUGCACACUGCCCCCUUAGUAAAAACUAUUGUUCCAGCUGCAUAUACCAUCCACCAUUAAACUGGCAACAUUCCCAUAUCAAUUUAUAAAGAAAAAUGUUAGAAAU